UCUCCAGGGCGCAGAAGUGUAUUCCUAUGCGGAGGAUGGAAUGGUCACAGAUCCCUUUUUGGCCGAGCAUCUUGCACACUUUGGGAUCGAUGUGAUGAGAAUGAAAAAGACUGACAAAACGUUGGCCGAAUUGGAGAUUUCUGCAAACGAAAGAUUGGGCGAAUGGCAGCUUUUGCAGGAAUCCGAUCGCAGCCUGGAGCCAAGGUAUGGACCAGGUAUGACGGGAUUGCGGAAUUUGGGCAACACGUGCUACAUGAAUGCGGUUGUGCAGGUCUUAUUCGCUAUUCCUCAAUUCCGAUGGCUAUACGCUUACCGACUUCCGUAUUGGAUUGAGAAAACGUUACAGGGGCUAAAAUCUCCUACCACUGCUGGGUCUUGCCUCCCUAUCGAUCAUAUUGGUCUGCAGUUUGCCAAACUUGGACACGGACUCUGCUCCGGUGCCCAUUCAUGGCUCGUCCCCGAGAAUUUCGAGGAACUUCGUGAGGGACCUGUUCCUUUGCUUCCAGGUAUUCGUCCUCAAUUGUUCCGUCGUCUGAUGGGCCUACAUAAUUCCACGUUCCGUACGAAACAGCAACAAGACGCUUACGAAUUCCUUCUAUAUCUGUUGGAACUACUAGAUACCAAGGCAGCAUCGGAUCAGUCAACUAGUAGCCUGUCUAAUGCCCACGGUCAACCGGUGGUCGUCGGCUCCCCAACUUCCUGUCUACGGUUUUCCGUUGAGGACCGCCUGGAGUGUGGGAUGACAAGCAAAGUACGUUACACAACACGUGAAGAUGUGUGCCUGUCGCUCCCGGUUCCCCUCACGGAAAUGAUCAAUCGAGAGGAGUAUGAGGCCUACGAACAACGCCGCCAGGAAGCUGAAGCCUCCGGGACUAAUUUACCCACGGACGACGUUGUCCGACCGCGCGUUCCGUUCGAGGCUUGUUUAGCUUCUUGGAGCAACACAGAACUGAUCGAAGACUUUAGGACUCCAGCGAGUGAUCCUCCGGGUUUAAAAACGCACGCCCUACGUUCCAGUCGACUGAUAAACUUUCCAGACUAUCUGUGCAUUCAGUUGUCCAAGUUCACUGUUGGCUCUGAUUGGCUACCACGGAAACUGGACGUUGAAAUUGAGCUACCGGUGACAGACGAUCAAGGGAACAUUCGUAUCGAUUUGUCUCGUUUACGUUCAAAGGGUGGUCUACAACCGGGUGAGGUACCGAUGCCAGACUCGGAACCAGCUAUCGCUCCUGCCCCUCCGGCUCUUGUUCCGGAUGAGGCUGUAGUGCAGGAACUAAUGAGCAUGGGUUUCCCGAUCAAUGCCUGUCGACGUGCGUGUAUUGAAACUGACAACUCGGGUUUACAGGCGGCCACAAUGUGGAUCAUGGAACACACGGAUGAUGCGAAUUUCGAUGCUCCUCUGUCGGACGCGGCUGCACGCGGCGCCACUGCGCAACCGCUGCCUGACGAAGAGUCCAUCACAAUGAUGACCUCGAUGGGUUUCACUAGAGAACAAGCGAUAAAAGCUCUGCGCCACACUGGUAACGAUCUUCCGGCAGCCGCCGACUGGGCAUUCAGCAAUCCGGACCUGUUGGACGCUCCCAUGGACGCAGACCAGAGCCCUACUGGUGACACCGGUUCAGUCCAACAGGCAGACAGCAGUCACUCUGUUCAGACCGUGGCCAAACUGCCGCUGUCUGAUGGGAGCCCAGUCUACGAACUCUGUGCUUUCAUCAGUCACAUGGGCAAAUCCACAACGGAUGGACAUUACGUAGCACAUAUCAAACGUUCCAGUUUGGCCAAGUCCAUCCCUGGUGAACCUUCCAGUCCUGGUACCCAACCUGCUUGUGGGGGUCUAGAUCAGGAAUGGAUCAUCUUCAACGAUGAGAAGGUUGCCAAAAGCGAGUCACCGCCUCAUCGCUUGGCCUAUAUCUAUUUAUUCCGGCGUGCUGAUGCUCCAACCGACUGAGCAAUACUCACCCGGCUGUUGUCCUUUAUCACCCGCAAUGACACAGUCGUACGCAGUUUGUGUUCCUUUUCUAUUAACGACUAUUUUCUCGUGCCUCAUCAUUCUCUGGAACUUUCGAUGGAACUCAGCCGUUUUCUACUGCGCCUCGUUCACAUUUGCAUGACUCUUGCUUGCCACGAGCAUAUGAAUUGCCUCAUUCUCCAUUGUUCAGUUGCAAAAUAUACUACUAAUAGGACCUUGUGAAUUUCUUGUUUUCACCAUUGUGGGAAGCCAUGAAGAUUGCUCUCACUGGUUGAUAUGUUGCUGUUGGCUUGGAUUGGAGUUUUCGCAGUCCAAGUCUUUUUUGAGUGCGAUAUCUUUCAUGCUGUCAUCUACGGGUUUCUGGAACGUGUUUUAUAUUACG